AUGGUUCGCUUCUCCCUUGCCACAGCAUUCUUCGCUGCUUCUGCCCUUGCAAUUCCCAGCCCCUUGACACCGGACCCAUCUGGUGACAAGAACGUCGGCAAUGGCAACGGCGUCCAGUUCAUCGGUGGUGCCUGCCUCAAUAGCAAAGACUGCGCCUCCACCUGCUGCGCGACUCUAAACGGCGCCGGCAUCUGCUCUGGACUUGGAGCCCAGUUCCAGGCAGGCAAAACAGGAUGCGGCUUCGGUGAUGGUGGUGCUGCUGCUGCACCCGCCGCGUCCCAGGGAGCAGGCCAGGCCGCUCCGUCCAUGGAAGCCGCCGCCGGAAGCGGAGGCGGUGCAGGAUCAGGGACAUCUUCGAAUGUCGGCGCCGGUAACGGCCAACAGUUCAUCACGGGGCAAUGCCUGUCUGAUGCGGAUUGCGCCUCGGGGUGCUGCAACGGCCCCAAGGGUGCUUGUGCCGCCAGAGCCGUCGCAACGGAGAAUGGCAAGGCGGGUUGCGGCUUUACGGGCACGGGAGCGGGUGCCGCCACUGGCUCUACUGGAGGCGGCGCGGCGGCUGAGGCUGCGGCACCGCCCCAAGCUGCUCCGUCCGCAGGUACAGGUGCAGGUUCUGGUGCUGGUGCUGGCACUUCUGGUGCUCCUGGCUCACAGAAUGUUGGCAAAGGGAAUGGUCAGCAGUUCAUCACGGGCCAGUGUCUCUCGAACGCGGACUGUGCUUCCGGGUGCUGUGCCGGCCCUAAGGGAGUUUGCUCGGCGACGGCGGUUGCUAAUGAGAGUGGGAAGACUGGAUGCGGAUUUACGGCGGCAUAA